AUGUUCGCGCAAAAUGGGUCGUUUGCUCAGCAACUCCUGUCACGACAACACAGCCAGCAGCCACCCUUGUCGUUGCCACAACAGAGCCCCGACUCGUUCCCGUAUAACCAGUACGAGGAACAGCGGGGCAUGGACCCCUAUGGCGCAGCGCAACACGACCAGAGCUUGUCAGAGGGCCCGCUUGCGCAUAUACCGCCGUCAUACCGGUUCGAGUUCCUCAGCUCAGGCCCGAGCACACCGUACGAGUGGUACGGUGACCAGAACGGGAUGCGCUUCGGCCCGAGCGCUGAGCAGGCGCAGGCCUUGCAGCCGUCGGUCUCGGGACUCAGCACGAGAGCAGACGCAUCGGGCAGUGGAGACGGGCUCUCGGGGCUGGCUACGGGCUCGGCUGUGGAGGCUGCGGUAAUGCAGGAGCAGUCGAGGAUAGGCCAGUCGAGGGAGGAUGGGCAGCCGCCGAGGCCACCGCCAUUGGCGUUGGCGCAUUCGCAUGCGUCAAAGACGUCGUCCCAAGAGCAGGCGUCGACGUCAGAACAGGCGCAGGCGCACGGACAGUCAGCGUCGCAGGCGCAGUCGCAAUCUGGAUCGCAGGCGCACUCAACGCCACACCAACAUCAGCAUCCUGCGCACCCUGGACCGAUCGCCAUUCCUCCGCCACCGCCUGUGACUGCCUUCCCUGUACCACCCCUGCACACGCUCUCGCCGCAGUAUUACUCCCCUAUCAUGCACCCUGGACACCCGCAGAGCCCUUAUCAUCAUCCUGCCAUGGCGAUGGCCAUGAGCCUUUCGCCCGCGCCUCAAGACCCAAACGUACCGAACGCAGUACCAAGCGGCGGCGCGCCCAUGCAGCCGCCGUACGACUCCUCGCGACAUAUGGCGCAUGCGCAUGCGCACGGUCACGUAAUGACGCCGUUCCAGCCAUUCUCGCCGGGCGUGACGAUGUCCCCCGGCGCGUUCUGGGGCCGCCCCGGGGGCGGUGCGGUCAACCCGUUCAUUAACCCCGCGGUGGGCGCCCCCGUGCACGGUAGCCCGGGGUACUUCUGGCCGCCGAGGGUAGGGCCGGUAGAGGAGCAGGGAUACUUCCCGCCCGUACCUACGCAGUCGCCGCCGAUUGAGGAGAGCUACUUCCCGCAGGUACCGACGUCGGGCUCGCGCCCGAGCGGAUUGGCGAACGAGCUGGGCCGGGGUGAUAGUGGGAGUGAUCCUGCAGGCAGCGCUGGCAGCAGUAGUUUGGGCGCCGACGGGUCGACGAAGUUGGAAAAUGGUCGGGCGGGAUCGGGGAACAGCGAGGCGACGACAGGGACUGCCGCUACGGAUGUGACGGGUACUGGGUCGAGGCCGACGAGCUCGCAAGGGACGAGUUGGCGCACGGACGUCGACUCGGAGGACCCGGGGAUGGGCGCGCUCAGCAAGGAGCUUGAUGCUCUGGCGGUCGCUGACGAAGACGCGGCCGAACGGGUCAACGGUGGUGAGCAUACGAAGCCGCGUGCGUACUCGACACAAGCAAGAGCUGCGGCGCACCCGCCACCAUUCACGCGGUCAGGAAGCGAUCCUGUCAGCGUGCGGCAAGGCGAGUCCGCCGGUACGGCUGUGCCGUUGAGCAUGGGGGAACAGGCCGCAGCGAGGUGA